AGUCGUGGCGCCGCUAAACUCGACGCGAAACGUCUCGUCUGUCACUAUCAUAUAAGUCCCCACGUGAGACACAACUUUUGAACCCGUUUCGUCAUAACGCGAUGUUUCUCGAUAUUUAUGUCACUUGAUUCAUCAUCAUCGUAAAAUUUUGAUCGAACAUUUUUAUAACUGAAAUCACGUGUCAACGUUUAGUGUUGUGUUUAUUGGUCUACAAGUGUUAAAAACAAUCUACAAACUGUUUUAUGUGUAUUUGACGAUAUGUAAUUGGACCGUUAUUUAAACAAUCAAUUGACGAUGAGUUCUUAUCAGUUUGUUAAUUCUUUAGCACAGUGCUAUGGACAACCAGGUCGUUCUGGUGAACAAUCUCAUCAGAAUAAUAAUCAAGGGGGUGAUUACUACAAUCCUAAUGCUACGGCAGCUUCUAGCUAUCCGCCUGCUUGUUAUUCACCACCCCAAGUCGGUCCUCAGUAUCCUCCACAUCCUUAUGCGACACCAGCACCUGGCCACGGAUUACAACCAACAAUAGGAGAUUAUACACAACUUCAACCUCAAAGAAUAUCUGGAGGAACAAAUACACACAUGCAUCAUGCCAGCCCGGGUGGACAAAGUCCGGGUAUGUUGAACCCUGCAGCUAGUUGUAAGUAUGCCGAUUCAACAUCUUCAACUGGCGUUGCUUCUCCACAAGAUUUAAGUACCAGUGGUCCACCGACUAGAGCUACACCACCACUGAUAAAUACUCAAACAAGUAACACGCCAAAUGCCACAAUAACUUCGAAAAGUUCCGGCUUAACUUCACCCUUAUCUGUAAGUACUUCUCCUAGUGGUAAACCAGUAACAGGAUCUUCUACUGCUUCGCAAAAUCUUUCUUCUCCGGCUUCAAGCACCAGCUCUACAUCUAGCAACGAGAAAUCUGGAUCGAAUAAUAAUUCAAAGAGUGGUUCUUCUUCAAAUCCUCCACAAAUUUAUCCGUGGAUGAAGAGAGUUCAUCUUGGACAAAGUACGGUGAAUGCAAAUGGAGAAACAAAACGACAAAGGACAUCUUACACUAGGUAUCAAACACUAGAAUUGGAGAAAGAGUUCCACUUCAACCGUUACCUUACGAGGCGGAGAAGAAUCGAAAUAGCUCAUGCACUCUGUUUAACGGAGAGACAAAUCAAAAUAUGGUUUCAAAAUCGACGAAUGAAGUGGAAAAAAGAGCACAAGAUGGCCAGUAUGAAUAUCGUUCCUUAUCACAUGUCCCCAUAUGGUCACCCCUAUCAAUUUGACCUGCAUCCUAGCCAGUUCGCUCAUCUUGCAACUUAGGAUGUUUUUUGAAUGUGAUUCUGUUAUUAUAUAGAUUUCCACCUGGCGUCCCUCCAGGACGAAGGAUAUGCAUUCCACCAGGCAAUGGGGAUGGGAGGUAUGGGAGGCAUGCAGCGAGGACUCUACGCUUGCGGAAGUCCCUACAGCUAGCCCUGGGCCACCUACAACGGAGACUGCGGACCUUCAUAGGUCGAAAUCGGAUCUUAGGGCAGUCUUCGAGUCGUGGUAACGCGAUGGAUCACAUCGAGAGAAGAUCAUGAAUAAUGGACAGCAAUUAAGUAAUUUGAAAUCUGUCUCAAGAUUUGCAGAAGAUUGUCAAUUAUACUAAAUUGGAUGUUUCGUAGAAAUACAAAAAAAAACUAAAAGAAAUUUCUUCUACUUUCAGCUUAUGGAAAAGUUACUAGUGAAAUAUGUGAAACAUCAUGAAGUACCACGAUUAACCUAUUGUUUUGUGCCAAUAAACGUUCAAACGUAUUGGUUUACUAUGAAAAAAAGCUGUGAAUGAAUAGUGCAGCUGAUUCUUGGAUAAUCCUUAUAGAAAUUUAUUAAAAUCAAACAAAAAGGAUUUAAACACAAUACGCUAAAAAUUCAAAUGUAACCUAAUGUUUUCAGAAUAACAGAUGAGAGUUGUAUAAUAUUUGAUGCGUUGAUGAUAAUGAAUUAUCUGUUAUUAAGAAAAUAUUUAUUAUUAUAAUUUUUUUUUGUUAAUGACAUUACAUAAACAGCUUUAUUUGUUUCUUAUAUUUUCUAACAUAUACUUAUUAUUUAAUACAUAAUUGAAUUUGAAUGACAGUGCAAUAUUGUUGAACAUCUUAUUUUCAAUGUUGUUGUAUAUUUUUCUUUUUCAAAAAAAGACAUUAUGCUCACAUUUUUAUUAACAAUUUAACGGGGUAUUUGAGAAGGUUAGUAACACAUAUUGUUGUUUUGUGUACAUUAAAUUCUGCAGAAAAACAAAAGAUAUAUUGAAGUAAUAGAUAUACACGAAAAAGAUGUUUUCAAAUAUUACUCGCUACAUUACUGUUAUAGUAUACUACAUGAUAAAAAAUAUGUCUUCUAGUCGUUUUUAUUUGUAUAAUUUGUUUAUGAUGUCAAACAAUCAAAAGCUGUAUGGAGCUAGUACUUUCGAAACGAACUUCUUUAUCACAUACUUUUCUUGGAAAAAUUAAGUUUUUUCGCCAUUUCGGAGACUACUCGUAGAAAAUAUAGGUUUACUAUUUGACCUAGACAUUAUUUGUAUUCACCUUAACACAUAAUAUUGAAAAAUCAGCCUUCUCGGAUAAAUUACAUUCAUGAGAUAUAUUCUUCAAUGUAGUUAAAAGUUUCACCUAAACUCACCUUAAAAACAACAAUCUGAAAACUCGUAUAUAUCUUCAUUUUGGUAUUGCAAAACUUGUCUUAAGUACUCGUAUCAUAAAGUCUCAUGUCUGCGUACCUAUUUAGUUAGGUAUUCGAGGUCAAAAUCCACAAAAAUUGCAAAUAUGUCGUUUCCUAUAGCUCUAAAUAUUUAAAUCUAUAUGCAUUCGUCGUAAAUAUUGUCGAGAAUAAAAUUCCUCCCAGCUUAUUUCCACAAUAAAAAUAUAUCUAGUUAUAGAUAAUUUGCAUUACACGAGGUUUAUUUCCCACUAAUCAAAUAUAUUUCUUUUAGUAACACUUACCUGCUCUUGUAGUUCAUUGUAGUUCAAUUUGUUGAUUGAAAUAGAACUUUCCAAUUAUAUUCUAACAGAAACUUGACUGUCGUUUGCAACAUUUGGAAACGUAGUGGCGUAUUAUCGAUUUCCGAAGUCUAGAUAUCCGGUGAUCUGGUCGACUACUCUGUUGCACCACUUUUGCAAACCCAUGACAAAGAAUACUUUGGCUCCAAAACUGUUCUACAGUUCAGUUGAGUGAAGUCUGCUGGGGGUAUCAAUACAAACUUUUCCAACAGCUUGAAACUACACUAGAAAACGUUCAGAACUAUGUACAUACUAUGUAUAUUUAUUAAUAUAUCUCUAUGCAACCAAGAUAUAAUCGAUUUAUUCAUAUCCAUAAAACGCUCUUUGGAAUUGGAAUAAAAAUUCCAAAACGCUUCGAGAAUGACUGUAAUGGUGCAUAAAUUUAGAGAAAAAACGGGUUGUAGCUGUUUCAUUGAUAGAAAUUGUCUAAUUGACGUUAUUUAUUCGUGAUUAUAAAGCCGGUACCACACGAUGGGUCCAAUACUUCCAACGUUGGAUGCUGGUAUGAUUGGACGCAUCGUGUAGUCGUAGAUUUUCCUCUUGCGCGUAAAUUUUACGUGUUUUGUAUGAAAAGCCAAAGUUUCUAGUAUCAUUCAGUUUAUUUUAAUAGAAUUAGUAUGCUGUCCAUCACUUUUUUGACACAUUUUCAUUUCUAUAGGUAAUUUUAGGUAAGGUUCUAGCCUUCCUGGGAUAUUCAGCCAACGUUGGAACGGAAAGGUUUCCGCAAACGACAUAAUUUUCUUACGUACAUCAUUGACAGUUUUGGAUAGAUAUGUACCGCUAAAGACUUUUUUCAACGCACCCCAUCGGUGUUAUGAGAUUAGGGAAUCUGGUGCAUCGAUGAAUUUAGACUUUUGGAAAAUGGUGCAUCAUAAGUGUCUUGCAGCAAAACUAUCUAUGUCGAGCAUUGUCUUUGGUCUUUCUGUCCAGUUGAAAUCACUGGAUUUUCAUCUAAACGUUCCCGACACGACAAACCACCAUGUUUCUAAGACGUUUCUUGUAUCAGUAACAGAUUUAUAAUAAUCACCUUCAAUUAAGCUUCUGUUGGUUAAAUAUACUACCAGAACAACGAUAUUUGUCAAUAACGAGAAGCAUAAUUACAUUGAUUGGUGCCUUUAUAUGAAAUAGCUCAUAUUUUACUAUUACUAGCUUAAAACAUAAUCCAGCCUGCUAAUCACUUGCGUACAUACAAAAAUAAUGCUCAACCACACUUUUUCCUUAGUGAUAAGGCGCUUUACCAACUAUAAGAUCACAUAGCAACGUUCUUUAGACUAGUAAAAACACAUAACGCUACUAUUAUUAUAUUUCAAAAAGAUGACAUACGCGUAACAGUCUCCCGCGAUUCUAUGUUAUAUGUUAUGGCACAUACCAUAUAACCUAAAAUUGUAUUAACAAGCUAUGCUACUAAAAUAAUAACAUGAAACAAUCCCAGAUCAGAGAUAUCGCAAUUCUAAUGGAUUACAAACUAACAGAGAACAAAAGGAAGAAGAAAAACCCAAGCACAAGGACUAACAAAUAUUAUAUAGGGAGACGGGAGUACCAAAAUUAUCCCAAUCAAUAUAGGAGUAACAACAAUUUAUAAUUUCUAAAACAACUGUUAACUAAAGUGACUAAAGUAAGUCCCACAGAAACUAAAUUUCCUGAACUUGCAGUAAUGCUGUAUUCGUAUGAAAAAAAGUACUGUAGCACUUUAUGGAAUAAAGUCAUACUCACAAGUAAAUCCCAUAGAAGCAUGGUUCGUAUCCAAUGUUGGUAGUUACAGAUAUAUUAGAGAAAAAAGUAAAUUCUCGCUAUAAUAAGAUUAGACUUGAAAUACUGGUAUUAAUUGAUAAAUAAAACAACACAAUGAAGAAACUUCAUAUAAGAUAUAACAAAAAUAUACGAUAAUUAGUGACCUUUUGACCGAUUCUUGUCUAUCCUCAUCCACCUUAAUAACCAAGCUUAGCAUCAUUCGAGUUUUGACUCUGUUUGAUAUCAUUCCUAACUUCAAGAAGAACUUUUUUAUUCAGAAAAAAACCUUCUAGACAUUUUUACAUUUGACUUUUUCCAAGAGAUACGUAUGCUGAUUAUGGUUACCACUCAGUUCAUCGCGCCAUCUUAGCAUUCUCGGUUAUUUAACUGACAAUCUUAUCCACAUUGCUAUAAUACUCAGUCGUGUGAUUCAUGAGCUCAUCUCCAACUUACAGAAGUUCCUUCUAUGAAUAUGGAAUUAAAACCUCGCUAGAAAUAUCUCAUUUAUUUUAGUCUUAGUACUAUCUUGUAAACUAUCGAGUAUGUGAUUCAUUUUAUCUAUCAUUUAUGAAUAAAAUAUCUCAUUAUUGAUAAUGGAAGUGAAAAGGGUAACAUUGUUAGAAAAAAUUUUACUACUAAUUUAAAACCUUCUAAAAUACCCUGACUGUUUAGUUUGAGAAGAAAACAAGUGUGAUUAUAUACUUAUAAGAAUAUUAUGUAAAUACUAGUUCACCUUCAUGUAAAUAGGGUCAUGAUUUUGAAAUUAAAUUAUUAUAUUAGUUGCGUAUCGAAUGCAUGAUCUUACAAAUAUACCGAGAAUACAUGGAACAAAAGCCAAUAGAUUGUAUCACCAUGUGAUGAAUAAAUAUGAAAUUAUCUAAUAUUCCUAUAAAAUUUGGUUGUUUACCAAUACUACAUAAUAAUCACACCUCUAUCUAUAAUUUUGCGCAAAUGCAUUCAAAAUGUAUUUGAGUUUUAUGUUUGAUAUCAAAAAUUGGAAAAACGUCUUAAGAUGGAAAAAAAAUCUGCAGCAAAUCAAAUAGUUAUUUUCCUAACAAGUGCGGAAAGUGAUACUUUCCCGCACGCGACUGCAGUUGUCCCGAAUGACGCAUGAGUUAGGAACAUUAUUUUUUCUACGGCCGUAUAUACAAAAAAGUAUACCAACCCAUUUUUCAAAAAUUAUUUUAUUCCAACAAACAUAAUAAUAUACAAAACAUUAACCAAAAACUACUAAUUAUUAUAAAUAUUAAUAUUGAAAACACAAUUUGUUGCAAUCUGUAGACUAGUAAGAAUUGCCGGCCCAGUGGAGUUAUUUGGUUUCAACUGGAAGGCAGAUGACGUCGGUAAGGAUGGCAUCGGUUGCAGGUCGCAUAAAGAUGACGAUGACGGUGACGGCAACAGUUUUAAGUCAUUUGUAGAACAGAGAAACUUUUUACCAUCGAAUAGCGGGACCAUAAUGUAUUAGAUUUCAAAACCUUACUUAGGUCUGAAAAAUACGCCAGAAAUACCUCUUCCUUAUAAGUUUUGGCCCCUUUCUCCUUAUACCAUGUAUCAAAAUGGUCGUAUUGCUUCUCAUACUUUAGUCUGGAUUUGGCAGGUAACAGUUCGGAAUUAGCUUCAUUUGCAGCCUUCAAAAUGGCUUCGGGAAGUUCUUCGUCGGAUGAAUCCAUUAAUAUUAUUGUAUCGGAUUCGGUUUAAUGUGGUUUAAUUUAGAAGAAGAUUGUUCUUAUUCGGUCACUUCCAAGACAUUUUGAACAACUUUGACAUUUUAGUAACAAUUACACGCUUGGGUUGUCAUAGCAACUGAUAUCAAACCCGGGUGGUUUGAUAGUUGUUUCUCCUUUGAAGAAUGUGACACUUUCAAAACUAAAAUGCGUGCGGGAAAGUGGGUUAAAACGCACGGUCGUAGAAAAAAUAUUUUUCUUCUUUCAUUAAAUGGAUUUCUAGGUAUUCAUAUUUUGAAUUUGAAGCCAAGAUUAGCACAAUAUAUAGCCAGAUAAUGAUUAUAAUUAAAAAUGAUAAUAUAAUUUACAGAUCAUUUAGUUAUAGCUUUGAGGUACAUAAUUUUGUAUUUCGUCAUUUUUGGAAGCUGUUUCCACAACAAAAGUUUUGUUUGUUUAUAUUUUUAUCUUAUGUUUAAGAUUAUUGGUUCAAAUAUUGUGUACCGUACAAAAACCUUCUGUCUAGUCGUACGACAGUUCUAGAGAAGACUAAAGUCAUUCUCUUCUCAUUUGUUUACACCCAUUCCUCUAUCUAGUUCUGGAAUCUAGUUUUCAUUUUAAAUAAUAAUGUUUUAAUCUGACCGCUUAUUCUGAAUGAUAAAGAUCCUUGCCAAGUAGUUUCAGUUAGUCACUAAUUAAUGGUCAUAUGGUCAUAUAUAACUAACUCUUAUCAGCAACGUAACUAAUAAACUACUGAGACUGACUUCCUCAAUAACACUUAUCAAAACACCAAUAAUUUUUUCAAUUUCUUAUUUCUUGGAUCUUUUGAUAUGUUUAUAUUUUGAUAAAGACUUAAAGAAAUGUCGAAAUCCUCAAUUUUUAUUUUUCUUUUAAAAAAUUAUUAAAAAAAAACUUAUCUUGUAACGUAACAGUCCUAAAAUCAAGAAUAUUUAGAAACAUAAACACCAAUAAUAUAUCACCCAACUGAAUUAAAACGGAAAAUUUGAAACAUGGCUUUUUGAGAGUUCUAAACGUUAAAUAAUCUGAAAAGCCCUAUAUUAUCACUAACAUUUUUCUCAUAUUUAUAAUAACUGAACUAUGAUACCAAAUUCUGUGAAAGGAUACAUCGUAUUACUGUUUGUUAACGAUUCUCUUGUCGACUGAAACAUUUUAUGUACAACUACAAAUGCAAAUUGGCUUUGAUUUUUGUUUUAUCCAAAGAGAAGACACAGAGAAAAAUUUGAUCCAUUAGUUCACAAUCGACCAGCCAACUUUCUACCGUAGUUCGUCCUUUUUGUAUCCAAUAUUUUAAAUUCAAAUUUUUUAUAAUCGCAGUUUCCCUUUAACAACAGAUAGAAAAUUGUGGAGCAGUAAAGAUGAGAUGGAUAAAAGUUUUUUUACAUAUAUUUGCAGAUAUUCAAUAAAUUUAAAUAAUGUUAAUAACUAAUGGUGAUACUCAUCUAUUGUCCCAACAGUUAAAAGACGGCAUUGGAGUGAUAUUAUUAGGAAUAAAUGUUAUUAUAAUUGUAAUCAAAACUUUGUUUAAAUUUUAUCUUAAGGAUAGCAGUAAAACAAGCCGUCUCUGUAACAUAUGAGAUAAUUUGUUAUAAUAUAAAAUUAAAUUUAAUUCUCCAGGGACUGUAUAUCCAAAAAAAGACACAUGACGUGCUGAGAUUGAUUGUAAAAUUUAACGAAUACAAUAAUGAAAGACAAAAAACUACAUACUUUCAAACAGUUAAUGAAAUUUUGUUUUUUUUUUAAUUUUUCCUAUAAUGAAUUUAGUUUUUAGAAAACAUUUUCAAAAUACUUUGUCUCCUGUUGAUGUGUUCGUUAGACGCAUUGUAAAUUGUAUUAUAAUGUUUAUAUUGUUAGCUCAAACAUUGUUUUUUAUUUUGUUCAAUUUAUUUAUAUAGAUGUAAAAUGUGUGUAUGUGUGGAAAAAGAAGAGUUAAGAUGUACAAUUAUGAUUUAAUAGUUACUGUUGUAAUUGUCCAAUCUGAAUAAAAUUAUUAUGAGAAA